GACUAGGCUCACGGCGUUGAAACAUAUUUCGGCAGGGCCAAAGACCUCAAUUCGCACGCAAACACGGCUAUCAGCGGCGUCUUUUUUUAGAUCGUUACGUGCUCAUGGGCUGGUUCAAACCCCAACACGGUCGGAGCUCGGGGAGAAGGAAGCAAACUCACUUCGGAUGCGCCGCCCGCGACCACACCCCCGACCGUGUCGAUGAACUUCAAGGUCGUAUCGAGGGUGGAGCGGAUGGCGCUUUCCUUCGGCGACGAGUCUUCCAGCACCUGGUCGAGAUGGGCGAGGACAUUCUCAAUAGUGAGGUUCUGCCGGAUCCGAGUGGCAUCUCCCCCGGCCAGCUGGAUGACCCGGGCCUGGACCUGGGACCAUAUGACCGCUAUCUCGUCCUUAAUGGCGGACGUCUUAGGGUCCACGGGGGAUCUGGGGGAGACUGGGGAGAUAGUCAUGGCCUAUGCGGUUCGAGACACGCAUGGACCGAUAAAAGUAUAUACAAAAACGGGCACGGGAUGUACUCUGCGAUGCCAAAAAAAGAGAAUCUAUCCAGAAGAAACCACGGAUCUACUUCGUACAAAGGGACAGAUCACAGAAAAGACGGUCUAGGUCCCAAGGGUCGAAUCCCCAAACCAAUGAGGGGGAGUCACAUUUUGGUGCUGUUCAACGAGGCUGUGUUAGUCGGCUUAUGCAGCGAAAGGCGCGGUCUAGCGGCAGCAGGAUCGUAUUUGUCCGGGGGGAGACAGGGUCCAGGCCUCUGACAGGGAGACUGGAAGACAUGGUCUGCAUUGAGCCCUGUGCCCUGAAGGGAUAAGACAUUCUGACGGCAAUCCGAUCUGCCUGCGAAACAGGGGAAUCCAGGCUCGGAAUGAUUAAUCCGGAUGAAGGACGAUGAAUGGAGGGAUGGAAACAGGAAACGAAGUGGAAACGAGGGACAAAGAGACAGGCGAAGGAGCGAUUAGUCAGGCUCUUGGCGACGAUCAUCUGAGCAGCGCCAGCCCUAGAGACUUCAUUCAUUUCAUUCCCUCGACGGAGUAGACUCUGGUCUCUGGAGUCUCUGGUCCCCGGAGGCUUGAAGUCUU